AUGAGUACCCCCAAACCAGAGGUAAGCCGCGGUCUUUCGCUGGAAGAUUUGGUCAAUCAUGAUGAAAGUCCCAACUCCAAGAGAGAGGCCAGAAGAAGAAGUUCCCAGACUUUGAAUCCGCUUCCAGCAGAGGAAAUCAAGAAAAGGCUCAGUGUGGACGGUUCUGGAAAUGGCUCGAGCAGCACUCCAAAGAGCUCGAAACCUGCAGGCAAAACGGGUAAUGACGAAGAAACCGACACGGACGAUGAGGUAGGUGGAUCUGGAGAUAUCUUGUUUGAGACAGGAGACUUCAAGUUCGACUAUGACAAGCAAGAGAGAAGUGAGACUAAUUCAGGCCCUACUGAAAACGCAAGCAAGCCACCUAAGAGUACCAAAACUGGAAAUCCUGCCAAAGCAGAAAGUCGAAGCAAGCAAAACGAAGAGGCUGCUGCAACAACGACAACAGCUCCCACUGUAGAUGACGCCGAAUCCUCAGAUGCCGCGAAAAAAGUUAAACCACGGAAAGACUCCGAUAUGAAAGACAUUUUCGAAGAAAAAUCGUCGCUUCAAUCCAAGCGGAAUGCGCUGAAAAAGGAUUUGAAGGUACUUAAUGAGAUCGCAUCCACCGCCAAGCCGAGCAGAUACCAUGUUGCACCACUUUGGGCCCAGAAGUGGAAACCCACAGUUAAGGCACUGGAAAGUAUCGACACCAAAAAUUUGAACAUCGAUGCGUCCUUCACAAAUAUCAUUCCGGAUGAUGACUUGACAAAGUCGGUACAGGACUGGGUCUAUGCCACCAUGGUAUCUAUACCGCCGGACCAACGACAGUUCAUCGAAAUGGAAAUGAAAUUUGGAAUAAUUGUGGAGGGAAGUGACACCAACAGAGUAAGUCCGCCUGUUUCCUCUCAAACUGUUUACACAGAAAUGGAUGCACACUUGACCCCAGACGUUGACGAGAGAGUCUUUUUCGAGCUCAACAAGUACAUGAAGGGCAUAUCGGAAUUGAGUGAGUACACGGGUAAAUUCAACAUCAUCGAGUCGCACAGCACUGAUUCGUUGUAUCGUGUUGGAAUGUCCACACAAAGACCCCGAUUUCUCAGAAUGAGCCGAGACAUCAAAACUGGGCGUGUGGGGCAGUUCAUCGAGAAGCGACACAUCAGUCAAUUACUUCUUCUGUCACCGAAGGAUAGUUACGAUGUCAAAAUUUCGAUCAAUCUUGAGUUGCCCGUACCUGAGAACGAUCCGCCUGAAAAGUACAAGGACAAUACCCCUGUAAGUAUUCGUACCAAACAGCGGAUAAGUUAUAUUCAUAAUGACUCUUGUACCCGUAUGGAUAUAACGAAGGUGUCGACUCACAACCAGGGAGUGAAACAAAGACAUACAGAGGGCACUCAUGAAAUCGAAUUGGAGGUAAAUACUUCAGCUCUGUUGAGUGCGUUUGAAAACAUCACACAAAACAGCAAAGAGUAUGCUUCCAUUUUGAGGACAUUUUUGAACAACGGCACUAUCGUAAGAAGGAAACUGACAGGGUUGUCACUAGAGAUUUUCGAGGGCCAGAAAAAGGUUUAG